AUGGCACAAAAUAAAGGAUCGAAUGUUUUAAUUCAACAAUUACUUAAAGCAGAGGAGGAAGCAGAUUUAGUAAUUAAAAAAGCCAAAGAUGUACGUGCAAAAAUGCUGAAGGAAGCUGAGACGACGGCAGCGGAGGAAUUAAAAAUUUUUCGAGCCAAAGAAAAAGAGCGUUUAAAUAAGGGUCAUAAAGAGAAAUCCACAGCUGAAGAUGAAGCCGUAACACAAAUCGAACAAAACACAAAAGAUGAAAUUAAAAAGUAUAAGGAGUUAUUUAAGAAAAAUAAAGAUCAAGUUGCCCAGUUUGUGUAUGAUAAGGUUUUUACAGUAGAUUUAACAAUUCCCGACUGUACGCAAAAGUCCCUUUAA